AUGUUAUUCUCUGAUCCUGCUUUGGGCAAAGGGGUGUUGUAUUUGGCAACCCAUUUGAGUGCAGAAUGUUUCAGCAUAGAAAAAGUUGUGGUUGUGAGAGAUGAAGAUGAUGAUGAUGAUGAUGAUGAUGGGGCAUGUGCUUUGCCGUUGUGGGAGAGCAAGAGCAUUGAUGCAGUAGGUGCCAUGGAUUUGGAUAAGCCAAUGCAAAGAGAGAUGUGUGAUAUGAAGCCAAGUUGGCGAAAUUAA